AAACGUGUACCUGAAAUUCCGAGAAAUCCUUCCUUCCUUCCAUUGUCAUUUCCUCUCCUUUAAACUUAUCUGCAACCACCACCAAGAACCCGUUUAUUUCUUCACAGAAAUGGAGAAUUUGAUGGGUCUUCUGAGGAUUAGAGUCCGGAGGGGAAUCAAUCUGGUUGUUUGUGAUACAGUUAGCAGUGAUCCUUACGUCGUCGUCACCCUCGGAAAACAGGCAUUAAAGACUCGAGUGGUGAAGAAAACUUGUAAUCCAGAGUGGAAUGACGAGCUAACUCUGUCAAUUAUGGAUUCAAAUAUUCCAAUCAUGCUUACUGUGUAUGACAAAGACACAUUCACUGUAGAUGACAAAAUGGGGGAUGCAGUGAUAGACAUUAAGCCGUACAUAGAAUGCAUGAAAAUGGGAUUGCAGAAUCUCCCCAAUGGCACUAAAGUUGAAAGAGUUCAGCCAAACAGGGAAAAUUGCCUAGCUGAUGAGAGUUGCAUCAUUUGGAACAAUGGCAAAAUGUUUCAAGACAUGUGUCUUCGGUUGAGGAACGUGGAGCGGGGAGAAGUCGAAGUGCAAAUAGAGUGGAUUGAUCUUCCCGGUCGUAAAGCUUUCCAGUGUUGAGGUGGUAAGGUGUUACUCCUCUGGAUCAGCUUGCAGUAUGCUGUAGUCGAACAAGUUAGUAAUAACACAGAAAAGUGCAAGGAUGAGUGCAUGGAGAAUGAGCCUCACAUAUGAUAAUCUGUGUGCUUUCUUUGCACCUUUUCUAUUAUCGAACAUUGUUGGUUGUGACACAAACAUAGGUAUCGGACUGAUGAUGCAAUCUUCUAUAUGUUUGUCUAGGUAUAUGUUGCGAACGAGUCCAAUACGUAGCGUUGUCGAAACCAGACUGAUUUUUGUAUUUUUAAAACUGUAAUGUACUUUUAGACCAUAUACAUGACUCAUAUGACCUAAUUUUGAGUUCUGUUGUAAUAAGACCUCGAAAUCCCCUGCACGCUAUUGCAAUUCUGUAUUGUCUUUUGAUUA